GAAUAUAUGUGGAAGAAAAAGAAAGUGGUUGAAAGAAAGGAAACAGUCCACAGAAGAUAAGCUUCAAGAUCAAAACCAUGUCUCACAUAGUUGUGGAGAGAAACAGGAGAAAACAGAUGAAUGAGCAUCUCAAAGUCUUACGCUCUUUGACCCCUUGUUUCUACAUCAAAAGGGGAGACCAAGCAUCAAUCAUCGGAGGUGUGAUAGAAUUCAUCAAGGAAUUGCAUCGAGUUUUACAGACUCUGGAAUCUAACAAAAGAAGAAAAAGCAUAAGCCCUAGCCCUAAUCCAAGCCCAAGACCAGCAGUCGUACUGCCUCAGAAAUAUCCAACCGCUCCACAACCUCAUCAAAACCCUGACUUUAAUUUUAAUUUGGGGACUGAAAACCGUCACCAUGUGAUCAAUAAGGAACUAGCUAUAGGAGCAAGUUGCAACUCUCCGGUGGCUGACGUCGAGGCAAAGAUCUCGGGAUCCAACGUGGUGAUGAAGAUAAUAUCUCGGCGAAUACCUGGCCAAAUUGCCAAGAUCAUUGGUAUGCUCGAGAAGCUUUCAUUUGAUGUCCUUCAUCUCAACAUCAGCAGCAUGGAAGACACUGUUUUAUACUCUUUGUAAUCAAGAUAGGACUGGAGUGUCAGUUGAGUGUAGAAGAACUAGUACUUGAAGUUCAACAAAGUUUGCGCUCAGAUACAAAUUAAGCAGGCGUCGACGUACAAAUUCAAUAACGUUCUUUAGUGUGGAUCAUGUGCUGAAGUUAAGUUCGUGUUUUUGUCAUAUAUAAUAGGCAUAUGAGAAAGGAUAUAAACGUUUGUUUCACUUGAAAUGUACACCUGAGAUGUCAAAUCAUAUAUAUAAUAAGUAAUGCUUUAUACCUAAAACUUAAUAGUUUGAUAUAUUAUUUUACUCUAUUACAUGAUACGCCACGUAGGUAUGUCAUAUUCAUGGGUGAGUUACACUCAAUAAUAGAGUAGACUAAUUCUAUUAAACAAAGUUUUAGGUGUAGCAUACUAGCAUGUCUAGA